UACAAGUUAGGCGAGGGUGCUGGGGGCUGUCACACUUGGAAACAAUAGAUCAGGGGGAAAAUAUGAAUAAAAUAAUCUCUCCGAGUACCACUUGAAAUCAAUCUUUGUUACUAUGAAUUCUGCAUAGAAAGAGUUUACGUUAGAAGCAACAUUUCAACGGGUUUGGGCAACAUUUUAUAAGGAGAUUAGCUGUUAAGCCUAGGCCUACUUUAUUAAAGUGACAGAAGUCAGAAUCGUUUGCGAGUUGAACUCCGGUGGGUGAAUUCUAUUCGAUCUGCACUUUCAUACAAGACAGCAAUCAGACUGAAACUCCCCAUAUUUACCUCCCUGGAACUAUGCGGUGGGUAUUGGAGUGGCUGAUCACUGAAGUGGAAGAACAGGGAUGAAGACUUUCUCCAGUGUGUUUUCCUGCCUGGUUGACAGACUCCCCGUAGAGUUGCUGCUUCUCUCCAUCACAUCCCUUUAGUGUCCAGCUGGUCUUGCCGUCACACCUCGCAGCUUCUCAAACAGUUGGGAACACAAUCUGACAAGAACUCUCACCCACUCCCUCCCACUCAUCUAGUGGCAUACACACACUUUCACUGUUCUGUCUUGUAGUGGCAGAACACCACUACUAGCCCAUAGCCAGGGUACUCCCACACCUGCACACACACACACACACCACGCACACACACAUUAUGGCAAGCGUGUUGCCGUACGGCCGCUUCACCCAUGCCGUGGUGCGGGGCAUCCCAGAGACCUUUGGGAAGGUUGAUGACGAGAAAAGCGACAAGGUCGAAAACGGGGAAACCACGAUGGACCUGGCCAAAGCACAGCGUCAGUUUGGGGUGCUGACAGGGGCGCUGAGACAGAAGGUGGGGCUGCAGCUCAUAGAGAUCCCUGCAGACCCGGAGCUACCAGAGAGCUGGAGGAUAGAGGAUGUAGCGGUGAUACAGGGAGACACGGCACUCAUCACCAGGCCUUUCAAACAGCAGAGACGCAGUGAGACUGAAGCAGUGAGGAGGGUGAUGUCGGAGCUCAACCUGACAGUGGUGGAGAUGGGGGCAGAGGAGGGGGGCUCCGCAGGGGCCACGCUGGAGGGCAGUGACGUGCUCUUCACCGGCAGGGAGUUCUUUGUGGGAAUCUCCUCCCACACCAACCACAGAGGAGCUGAGGUUCUGGCCGACACUUUCAGAGACUUUGCUGUGUCCACGGUGCCAGUUUGUGGGGGAGCGCGUCUAAAGAACAUCUGCUCUAUGGGAGGUCCUGAUACUAUCAUCAUCAGCAACAGUGAUGGGGCCAAGAAGACCCUCCGGAUGAUGGAGCAGCUGACUGAUCACCACUACGAAGUGCUCACGGUCCCUGAGGGCGCAGCAGCUAACUGUGUCUACGUCAGGGGCCCCUCCAAAGUGGACUACCUGCUUCACCCGCCCACUGAGGAGUGUCCCGAAAGCGUCCCUGCCUUCCAGAAGCUGAUGGACUACACCCUCCUCCCUACAGCGUGUAGCGAGGCCUCCAAGCUCGGAGGGUCUCUGUCUUCAUUCUGCCUACUUAUCAACAGGAAGCCAUACUUCUAAAUGCCCUGCCCUUCUCCCAUAGAACACACAUAGACCUUCAUUGACUAUAUGUAAAUACAAAUGUGAACAUAUCAAGGACAUCGCCAACUGUUGGGCAGGGAGCUAAAGAGAAAUUCUUAAUGGGAUCUUUGGGACAUCCCAGAUCUGAAGUUGAACUUUAAAACGGGUAAGAUGGGGGCCCGGCACUACACAGGGCUAGAGGGUUCAGUGUGCAUAUUCUGCACAACUGCACCCCCUACUGUGGAAAGAGAGCAGUGUGGCUUGAUGAACAUUAAUAGGCUGUAGAUUUGAAAUGUAGGUGUUCUGUAUGCGGGCAUUUUAUGUCCCUAUAUAACAACUUGUAUUUAAAUACUCAUCCAUUCUCAAACCCACUCCAAGUAGGCUGUUUUUUUUUUGGCAAUUUUAGUGGUAAACUUGCCAUGGCUACCGGUCCUGAAUUGAAUAGGCUCGUCUGUUGUAUGGAUUCUAUAUCUAUGGUUUUAUCGACCUUUCGCAAAUUUCUAAAUACAAUCACAGAAAAAAAGUAGUUUGGCGAGCAAAUGCCUCGUGCUGAAAAAGACGAAUCUCUCAUUUUCUCAACUCAAUAUUUUGCGAACACGGAGGCGCAGCGAGAGGUUUUACUAAUUCAGAAAUCUUUCCAAACGAAAAUAACUUGCCUGUUUAUGUAUGGGUGGCAAUGUGUCGCGAAUGUAUUAGAUUUUUUUUAAUGAUUUGCUACGCGAGGCUUAUUUCAGAGUAGAAUUUUGGCAAUGCGGAAGUUGUUACGAGUGUACUGAUGUGUGAUGCACGUGACUGCCCGGCAAUUUUGAGAAUAAAAAAACGUUUGCCACUUUUGAAAUCCAGGACGGAUUGAGGCUAGUAUAGCGUCUCUUCCCGGUAAAUAUAGGCGGUUGAUUUAUCCACCAAUCCAGAGGUAUAGGCGGGAGUUUAUACAGCACACCAUACACGAUGUGGAAAAAGAAUCCCCAGUACCUCUCGCUAACAUCAUUGAUUUUUAGUAGUGUUUGUUGCCGCCUGAUAUUCUAUAAUCUGUUUUACGUCUUCUCAUUGGCUUGGGCUAUCUGUUGCAUUAACGAGGUUGUUUGUGUCUCAGUGUAAGAGUAGCCAAUCAGUAAAAUGUGGGGAAUAUAUUUAUGUAAAACAUUUAUUUUACAAAUAACAUCCUGUCUCCAGCCAUGUAGGCUAAAUAAAGUAGAAUUGAAGGAAAUGAGUAAACACCUCUGCUCAACUGUAGGCCUUUGCCACCACGCAAAUGUGAUAGAUGCAUGUAAGGCUUUAUUGUAAAGGGGAUUAUAAAUGCACGUUUGUUGAAUUAGAACACAGGUGAAACCUAAAAUGCAGAUUUGGAGGGUCUGCUUUUGAAAAAUGUAUCCUGCCACCAGGCCUGGCUGCAUGCUUUUUAUAGGUAUGAAUAAAUUUAUAUUCUUUGUCAAACCCACAAGGACAUAAUGACUGAUUUGUGAAAUUGUACACAUUUAAAUAAUGUCCUGGUGGUUGAGAUGACGGUCAAAGAAUAACCCAAGGAAGGUACAAGUUCAAAAGUCCCCUUCAACAAUUUCCAUCAUUACAGUUGACAUGUUCCUGUGGAUUAACCAAGGCCCAAAUUGGAAAGGCCUAAGGGUUGAAACACUGACAGUUGUUCAUAAGGUCUCAAACGUAACUGAGGGUUGUACACUACUGCUCAACACCACCAGACCAUGAUAUUUCAACUCGGAAUAAACUGGCAUUGUUUGAGUCACAGUACCUGGGUUUUGUACUUUGUUGUGAAGUCCUCAUUGGUGAUAACACAUUACCACUGGCCUACUUCCCUUUAGAAUACAAAUCAGUAGUAUGCAAUUAAGACACUGCAUUAAUUUAUAUAGUUCAACUACCUAUAUAGUCAAAACAAGUAAACGCAAUUUGUACUCAAAUUCAGCAUUUUAGUGUAGCCUUUAUGUGAUGUUUAGAACUUUGUAUUUAGUACUGCAAAUAAAUUCAUUUUAAACCUUUGA